AUGGCUUAUCCAGGCGCAGGUUUAGGUGCACCGGCAGCAUCGGCUGGCCCAGUAAGUUCGAUUAGGCAAGUGAAAUUGGAUAAAGAAUCUGAACUUCGGAUUGAAGUUGCAGAAACCCCUUUUCGCCUUAGGGUUCUCACUGGCUCGGCUGAGAUUUUUGGCACUGAAAUCCCUCCUGAAAUAUGGAUUUCUUUCCCCCCGAGACUUAAAUUUGCUGUUUUUACCUGGUAUGGAGCCAUGAUUGAAAUGGAUGGUACCACCGAGACAGACUAUACUGCUGAUGAGACGCCAAUGAUUAGCUAUGUAAACGUGCAUGCAGUACUGGAGGGACGAAGGAAUCAGGCCAAAGCUUCACCAAGUGAUUCUGAUGCUUCUCAGGGCCCCAGGGUGAUUGUUGUCGGACCUACAGAUUCUGGAAAGAGUACAUUGUCUAAGAUGCUCCUAAGUUGGGCGUCUAAGCAAGGGUGGAAGCCCACGUUUGUUGAUUUAGACAUUGGCCAAGGAUCUAUAACAAUACCUGGUUGCAUUGCUGCUACGCCCAUUGAGAUGCCAAUUGACCCCGUAGAAGGAAUCCCACUUGAGAUGCCUUUAGUUUAUUUCCAUGGACAUCCAAGCCCUACGGCAAAUGUAGAUCUCUAUAAAGUUCUGGUUAAGGAGCUUGCUCAAACUUUAGACAAGCAGUUCUCUAUGAACACUGAAUCUCGAGCGGCUGGCAUGGUUAUUAAUACAAUGGGAUGGAUCGAUGGUGUUGGUUAUGAUUUGCUGCUUCAUGCAAUUCACGCUUUUAAUGCCUCCGUUGUUUUGGUAUUGGGUCAGGAGAAACUUUGCAGCAUGCUAAAAGAUGUAUUGAAAAGCAAGCCAAAUGUGGAUGUGGUGAAACUUCAAAAAUCUGGUGGUGUAGUGUCAAGGAAUCCAAAAGUGCGUCAGAGGGCCAGGGGUGGAAGGAUACGGGAGUACUUUUAUGGACCUUCAAAUGACCUUUCUCCACAUUCCAGUGUUGCUAAUUUUAGCGACUUGUCCAUUUAUCGAAUUGGUGGCGGACCACCAGCCCCUCGUUCAGCCCUACCAAUUGGUGCGGAACCUACUGCUGAUCCCACCAGAUUAGUUCUGGUUAACAUUAACAGGGACCUACUCCAUCUGGUUCUUGCUGUCUCAUAUGCCAAAGAACCCGAUCAAAUUAUUUCGAGCAAUGUUGCUGGAUUCAUCUAUAUCACGGAGGUUGAUGUUCAGAGGAAGAAAAUCACAUACCUCGCACCGGGCCCUGGAGAACUCCCUGGCAAAUAUUUGAUUAUGGGAAGCUUGACAUGGGUUGAAACCUGA